AUGUUUGUCUUCAGUCGAAAAGACCUCCCUGCGGAGCCUGUAUUCCCCGCGGACCUGGAGAAACUGGGGUACUUCAUCACCAAAGAUGACCAGAUCCGAAAGAUCUCCGCGCCAAAAGAAGAGUUUCAAUUCAAGAUCAACAGGAACGCGCGCUGGAAUGAGAUGCAGCGAGAGGCCAUGAACACAUGCAUUCGCAACAUCGUCCUCUCUCGUCUUCGCAGCCUCGGUCUCAUCACUCUACGACUUCCGCUUACAGCUCGUCCUACCGAUGCGCAUGUGCCCAUCCUCAUCUCCAAGAAUCUGUCCACUGCCUCCCGCGUCAUCGUUGUCUUCGGAGAGCCUAUACAGGACCUUGGCAUCUGGGCUUACCGGACUCUCAGCAGCGAUGGCAUUGAGGUCGGGUCGGCUGUUCAAUUUGCGCGGGCUGUUCUGGGUCAGAAAGAUACGGCACUUGUCCUGGCAAACACGGGGCAGUUGGUGUGGCACUGUGGUUCUGGUCGAGCGAUGACAUUGACGUCCUGGCAUUGCGUUCCUCGAAAGUCGGCGGUAGAUCCGCCGCUGGUUAUGACUCGUCGGAACAAGAUCCCUGGGAAUGGCGACUGGCAGGAACAUAUUCAGUAUGUGUUUGAGGAGAUCUUGGCUGCUCGGGGUCGGCUGGUUAGGGCUGAUGCGAAGAUUGGGGUGGUUGGGUUGGAUGAUGGGGGGUUGGGUGUUAUUCGGUAUUUGGGGAGUAACUGGGAGGCAUGGCGUCCAUAUAUAUCAGCAAUCUGUCUCACCAACCCAUUUCACCGGAUUGGCGUUGACUUCGGAGACAAGGAUGGUAAAGAUUCAAAGGACCCCUCUUCGUUUGUGAGCUUCGUCUCCUCGCGUUGCCGUGGGUAUAUCCUGUCUGAGCAGGAUCUCGGGCUGCCUGUUCCUGCUCCCGAGCAUCAUGGGUGUAACUGCUAUUCGUCUGGCGAGCCGCUGAUUACCGAGUGUGUUAUGCCCAAGGCGUGGGAGGACAUGCUGAAGUGGCUCAAUACGACUUUCGAGGAUCCAGAAUACUGCGAGGCUAAUUUGAUGUUCAGAGAGUUUUUGGGGAAUAUGGGGGGUGAUACUAUGGAGAGAGUUGCUGAGCUUGAGCAAGAGGAUGAUUGA